CGGGCCUGGUCGCCGGCGCAGAUCGCCUCGGCCGCCGCGGCCCGGCCGUCCCGUCCCAGGAAGUGGUCGUCCUGACCGCCAUGGCUCACUCCCCGGUGCAGUCGGGCCUGCCCGGCAUGCAGAACCUAAAAGCAGAUCCAGAAGAGCUUUUCACAAAACUAGAGAAAAUUGGAAAAGGCUCUUUUGGUGAGGUGUUCAAAGGCAUAGACAAUCGGACUCAGAAAGUGGUGGCCAUAAAAAUCAUUGAUCUGGAAGAAGCUGAAGAUGAGAUAGAGGACAUUCAACAAGAAAUCACAGUGCUGAGUCAGUGCGACAGUCCAUACGUAACCAAAUACUAUGGAUCCUACCUGAAGGAUACUAAGUUAUGGAUAAUAAUGGAAUAUCUUGGUGGAGGCUCCGCACUCGAUCUUUUAGAACCUGGCCCAUUAGAUGAAACUCAAAUUGCUACUAUAUUGAGAGAAAUACUGAAGGGAUUGGAUUAUUUGCAUUCAGAGAAGAAAAUUCACAGAGAUAUUAAAGCUGCCAAUGUUCUGCUUUCCGAGCACGGAGAGGUGAAGUUGGCUGAUUUUGGAGUAGCAGGCCAGCUGACAGAUACCCAGAUCAAAAGAAACACCUUCGUGGGUACCCCCUUCUGGAUGGCGCCCGAAGUCAUCAAACAAUCAGCCUAUGACUCAAAGGCAGACAUCUGGUCCCUGGGCAUCACAGCCAUCGAACUUGCGAAAGGGGAGCCACCUCAUUCCGAGCUGCAUCCCAUGAAGGUUUUAUUCCUCAUUCCAAAGAACAACCCACCAACGCUGGAAGGAAACUACAGCAAACCCCUCAAGGAGUUUGUGGAAGCCUGUUUGAAUAAGGAGCCAAGCUUUAGACCCACUGCUAAGGAGUUACUGAAGCACAAGUUUAUCCUACGCAAUGCAAAGAAAACAUCGUACUUGACCGAGCUCAUCGAUAGGUACAAGCGAUGGAAGGCUGAACAGAGCCAUGACGAUUCCAGCUCUGAAGACUCAGAUGUGGAACCAGAUGGCCAAGCAUCUGGGGGCAGCGACUCAGGAGAUUGGAUCUUCACAAUCCGAGAAAAAGAUCCCAAGAACCUUGAGAAUGGAGCUCUUCAGCCCUCAGAUCUCGAAAGAAAUAAGAUGAAAGACAUCCCAAAGAGGCCUUUCUCUCAGUGUUUAUCUACGAUCAUCUCUCCUCUGUUUGCAGAGUUGAAAGAGAAGAGCCAGGCGUGUGGCGGCAACAUGGGGUCCAUUGAGGAACUGCGAGGGGCCAUCUACCUAGCGGAGGAGGCGUGCCCUGGGAUCUCUGACACCAUGGUGGCCCAGCUUGUCCAGCGGCUCCAGAGAUACUCUCUCAGCGGCGGAGGAUCCUCAUCCCACUGAAACACGUCUUUGGCAUUUUGGGUUUUUCUGCCCCCCCCCUCCCUUUUUUUUUUUUUCCUUCUUCCUCAUCCUCCUUUUUUUUAAAGAAGUCAGUGAGAGCCCUUCACCGACCCUGCUGAAGAGCCAUGCGAUUGCGGGGUGUUGCCCUGAAGCCAUGGGCACUGGUCCAGGGAUACAUACAUUCCUCGCCGUGCCGCAGCAAGAUGAAGUCUCUCGUAUGGGGCAGAGGGCCGGCUCCUGCAAGUCAUCAUUUUGUUUUGUUGUGUUUUUUUAAAAUUUUAACCAUAGUGCACAUAUUCAAGGAAAGUGUCUUUAAAAACAGAAACCAACCCUGAAAUGUAUAUUUGGAAUUAUGAUCAGGCAACUGAAGAAAUGAAACCUCAGGUACACUGCGUUGAGUUGAUAACGCCCCCCCUCCCCCGGGAGAUGGAGAAUCGCUCUGGUGGACCGGUGUAGAGUUGUAUAUAGUGUCAUUUUUACGGAAAUCCUUUUGGCGUGCAUCGAGAAUCACUGUGUACAAACUGCCCAAGUGCUUCUGUAGAUACUGUCCGUGGAGUAAAUAUUUGACCAGGCCAUAACGUGAGUCUAUUGCCUUGCCUUUAUUAAACAUGUAAAUUUUGAAUUAUGUGACCAGUGAUUUGGGUUUUAUUUUGUUAUUUGCAGGGUUUGCCAUUGAUAAUAAUUAAUGCCCCUCAUAUGGAAAUCUCCUCUUUGGUCCUCCACAAAUGCAAAUUUUCCUCAUUUGCCCUAUAUCCCUUUUGGUACACUUAGAAAUUGAUUUCCUUAUUUUCAUUGAUGGUACUAUUUCUUAGUGUUUUAAAUUGGAACAUAUCUUGCCUCACAAAACUUUAAAUUAUUAAGCCUCUCCCUGAAGAAGCGCUCUCGCUUAGCAUUUGUUUCUGAAUUGUGUCCGUGCCGACCCUGCGCCCGAUGCCCCCGUCCUUUUCAGUAUUGUCUUCUGUUGACCCUUGUAGUGGAAUCUGCGUAUCGCCCUUCCCACCGAAAACUGUCUGAAUGCUUCCACCAAUAAAUUUUAUAACACACUUA